GGCUGAAUAGUAAUGAGAAAUUGUUGCCAAAGAGUAAAGCACAAAAAACUAACAAUAGCAACAAAGUGUUUUAUUAACAAUUCAUGGCAGUGGUUAAAGUCAAAACAAUUGACGUUGAGUAGAUUCCGGUGGUUGUUGUUGUUGCCAAAACAGUAGUUAACAGCCAACAAGCCAAGCAAACAGCCAGCGAGCGGGCUAACUUAGCAACCUCGAAGCUUUUGUCAUUCGAUUUGAUAAACGCGUACGAGGCAGACACGCCGAGCAAGCGGCAAAAUCGAGUAACAGUAACAAAAGUAAUAUAGAAAAAAAUUAAAGUAAAUUACAAAAACAAAAAAAAAAUACCAACUAAGCAUAAAAAAGUACAAGAAGAAAUUUUAAUUGACUUCUUAGAUAUCAAGGCGUGCAGCAAACAAGAAAAAAAAUAAAAAUAAAUUAAAAAAAACGCAGUGAUAAGCAAAGUAACGGUAACAGAGUUCGAUACAAACGUAAUUGCAGCAAAUUCAAAAUAAAAGCAAAAACGCAUAAAAUCGCUGAAGUUUUGCUGCGUUCGACAAGGCUAAAGUGUUCAAAAAUACAUAUCUACACACAUACAAACACACAAAUAUAUGCACGUAUGCGUGUGUGGUGCUCAAAAAUGCUCUGACAAUAUGAAACUUCAAAACGCAAUGUGAAAUAUCAAAAUUAUUUGGCAACAAAAAUUUAAUUAGAAACAAAAGUUUUGAAAUUAUAGCAAAAUUAUGGCUAAAAUCAGCAGUAUCGAUGCAACUGAUAUUGGCGGCGUCAGCGCCAAUAGCGCAGGUGACGAUAAUGGUAUCUUUGCCAUGCUGGCAUGUGUUGGCGUCUUCAUUUGCAUGAUAUCCACAUUGGUGGGCAUAAAAAUUUGGUGGUUCAAGCAUCGGCUGACAUUCGACCAUAGCCGUACGAGUAAUGGUGCGGCGGGUGGUGCCACGCCUACUUUGCCGUUACGUACGCGCAGCAGUCGGGAGAAACGCAUUUCGCAAGAGAUACGUGAACCAGUUGAGGUGCAUGGCGUUUUUCGGCGCCGACAAGAGGAUGAUUUGGACAUUGUGCCAACAAAACAAUUGCCGCCCGUUCGCAUACGCAAUCUCUCUCAAAGCACACCCUCACUUUUUCCACUCCCCCCAACACGUCGGCAAGAUCGUGUACGCAGUGCCAUCUUCGAAGAAUAUGAGCCGCCAACACGUGAACCGCCAAGCUCACCAGUCGACUCACCACCACCGCAACACACGCCCACCAUAAGUUUGGUCGAAGAAAUGCCCACUUUCGAUGAACUGGAGGAGAAGUACAGGCAAAUGGAACUAGAUGAAAUAAAAGCAAAUGAAGUGAAUGUCGAAGGUAGUGAUAAGAGUAUACUACGAGAGCGUGGAUCACCACCACUACCACCGAAACGUAUCAAUCGUAAUUCAAGCAAAGAGGCGAACUAUGCUUCGGCGGUGGGUAUGCAUAAGUUCGUGAAGGCCAAGUCGCCAUCGUUAGACACAGUAAGAACGCAACAAAAUUUGAGUGAACGGCGUGCAACGGGCUAUCUAAGGCCCGACGAGGUCGAUAUCAAAGUGGGACUUGCUGAAGCCCGCGAUUUGAAAGCAAUACGUGCGCACAGCGUAGAAGAGUUCGGCGAACGUCGACCAACCGGUUACAUCAAGUACGAGGAGAUCGAUACGGAUGGCUUGGAGGACUUCCGCAAUAAAUGGGAUGCGUUGCAAACGAGUUUUGGCGCACAAAGUCCCAUAUCCUAUGAAAGUAGUGAGCGUACAGCCUUCGAAAGCAUGCACGGACACAAUUACGAUCACCUCAAUCGUGCGAGUGCUGGUGAGUUACGUACAGUUGCCGAUGGCGCGCCUGCUGCUAACGCAAAUGUUGGACGCGGCGCGAACACAGCAGCGCGUUUCAGCUGGCAGACAGAUAAACGUUUAACGGGCAAACAAGUGAGGCCUGAAUCGCAAGCGAGCAUUGUUUUCACCAGCGAUGAAGAGUACGCCGAGGAACUGGAUGGUUUUAAGCCACAAACGAUAAUGAAAUCAGCAACGGUGGCUGAUUGCACUGGUUACGAAAAUGUAGAGCCUGUGCGACCACAGACGCCGGAAGUAGCGUACGCGCCGUCGCGUGUAGUGAAGUUUGCGAACCCAGAGUUAGGUGAGCAGGAGACGCUGCUCUCACACACUUUGAACGAAGAAAAAGAAACUUUGAAAAUGCGACGAUUAACAGGUUACGUGCGCACAGUGCAGCCCGAAGAGUUAUGGGACGAGAUGGAGGCUAAUAUUAAACAUGAUGAAAAAGAAAAACAUCUCUGGCUUGAGAUCGAAAAAGAUGUCAACCUCAAUCGAGAUUUCGCUAGCAAUAUUGAGGAAGAAUUCGAUAAAAUAAGACAUUCAUACGAGGAAAACGAGGCAGCGUUCUUGGAGGGCAAUAACAGCUUGAAGCGCUUGCCGAAACAAGUGCUGAUAACGACACCGGAACCCGAAGGCUUUGGCAAAAGCAUCGACGAGGAUUGGGCGAGUUUUGAAAACUUAAGAGAGGAUAAGCCUAAAUGUGGUGAGGAAGCAGGCAAGCAAAUCGUGCAAUUCAAAUUAUCAGACUUAGAAGACGCUUACGAUAAAGAAUCAAUACUACGUACGGAGCGACGCCCAACCGCUUUUGUGCGCAAUACCGAGCAAAUACAACGUGAAUUGUCGAACAUCGACGACGAGGACGAGUCGGCAGCCACAACAUCGCACUACCAGACGAGUAGCGUUGAAUUUGUGGAUGAGGUCAAUGAAAGCGCUACUAAAUCAUUUAAAGAGCGCCGACCCACGAGCUAUGUGCGACCGCAAAUAUCCGAUUUGGAUGAGGAUUAUGUGCACGAACACAAUAAAGACAGCAUUUUCGAGCCAGUCGAAGAGCCGCUAACUGUACAGACCGAAGCCACAGCGCGCCCCCGUGCGCGUCAAAAAGUCACCUUCGAUUUUAGCAACACAGAGUACUUUCAAACAUCGCCUGGCAGAGAGGAGCAGGAAGCAUUAACGAGCUUUUCAACAAUAACAAACUUUGCCAGUAGUGAUAGUGAUACCGCAGGCGAGGACGAAGCGGCGUCACAAUAUUUCCCAAAAGCAAUGCAGCGCAUUACAAAAAACCAUUACCUCGGCGAGACGAUUAAAGAUGUUAGUAGUGACUCCACACAAGAUCAAACUUUAGCAGGCACCAUCUCACCAACGCCAGUUCGGAUACUUUUCGGCACACAGGUUUCGCUUGAGCAAGCCGAGAGCGAAAUAAACGACAGCUGGGCUGCGAUAAGGCACCGUCGACAAACCACUACAACGUCAACGCCGUUAACACCCAUACUUACAAAUGCAGGCGAGCCUCCAAAACCAGCCUACCGCAAUCCGCUCGCACAAACAACGACGGUACAAAGCGUGACGCUCAUGGAGGAACGUGUCGCGACGCAGCAACAUAUGAGUACAUUCCAACCGCAUGCGGCGGCGCGUCAUCAAUACUUUGAGCAGAGCUAUUACAAUUCAACGGAGGCUUAGCAGCGAGCAGGAGACACUUAUAAAAUAGCAAGAGAGUCUUAGAAGAGCAGGAGAAAAACAAAAUGCGGCUCACAUCUAGAGAGUAGAACUAAAGAUGAAUACAUAAUGAAAUUGGAGGCUUACGUAAGACGAAAAGUAUUAAAUGUGGCUAAACCAAAGUUAGGUUUUAAAAAUACAUACAUGUAAUGUGCCAAAAAAAAUAUAUUUACAGACGUUUAAGUGAAAUAAAAACAUAAAUUUAUAAAAAAAAGACCAUAUAAAGAAACGUAGUGCUAGCUUCUCUGGAAUAAUAUAUGAUAACUGAGCUUUUAGAGAGGACGAAUCAUUCAAGGUAAUCUACUAAAGCAGCUCUAGCAACUGAGGUUAGGUUCAGAUGAGCAGCUAAUAUACUAAAAUAUAUUUUAUAUGGGUAAAGGAAGUGCUAAAACAAAAUAGUUGAUCUGCUAACAGAUUGUGCUAAGUAAUGUUAGGUUCACUUUUUAAAUAUCACUGUUAAUUCGCUUAAAGCUUAACACACAAAGCUCGCCAAAUAAAUUAUACUUGUGAGAAGUCAUAAAUGAUACUAAAAUCACAUCAAUACAAAAAAGGCCUCCAUUAAGAGUUUACAACUCAGUACUUGAACACCAAAAAACUCCUUCGCUCCCAAAAACUACACAGCCGUUGUAAAUAAAUACUUAAACAAGAAAAAACAUUAACUUCGGUUGCACCGAAGCUAUAAUA